ACUACAACUUGAUAUUGUGUUGGCUAUUGCUCUUUUUAUCUCAAAUAUAUUACAAGUGGUUUAUAAACAUGCUAAGAUAUAUGAGAGUACUUGUAAACAAAAUCUUUUAUAUCUUUCUACUUCUAUUAGUAUUUUAUACUCCACCUAUGCAUCUUCUAAUACCCCAAUUAGAUUUUCUUCUCUUCUUGUAACUUCUAAGUUAGCUAUUGAUAAAUUAACAGAA